AUGAAGACUGUUCUCAUUGCCGCUCUCGCCGCCUCGGCAUAUGGCGCCGCCGUCUCCUCCACCUGGGCUGACUGGGACCCGUCCAAGCUCACUACCACGACCACCACCACCACCCCCGCCAAGGCCACCACCACCAGCAUCGACUGGGCUGACUGGGAAGCGUCCAAGAGCAGCACCGCCUCUACCACCAGCAGCAAGCCCGUGAAGGCCGCCACCACCUCGUCGACCAGCUCCAUCAACUGGGCCGACUGGGAAGCCUCCAAGACCUCCACCUCCAGCAAGGCUGCCGCCGCUACUACGACCUCCAGCAUCAACUGGGCCGACUGGGAGGCGUCCAAGUCGUCGACCAGCAGCACCCCUGCCGCCGCCGUCACCACCUCCACUAGCUACACUUGGGGUGACUGGACCACGAGCACUUCCGCCACCCCCGUGGCCCCUGCUUCCAGCAGCUGGGGAACCCCCGUCGCUGCCGCCUCGGCCUCCAGCUCCGGCUGGGGUGUUGCCGACUACACCGGCGCCCCCGUCGCUCCUGCCACCUUCACCGGCGCUGCUGCUCUGCCCAAGGUCGAGCUCGGUGUCCUGGCCCUCAUGGGUCUCGCCGCCGCGUUGUAA